UUUGUCUUUUACCGGGCACUUUGUAUAGAUAUUUCUGUGCUUAAUUUGUGCUUCUGGUUGCUCUAUUUCUAUAUAUAGCUUUAUCUCAGACGCUUGCCUCUCUAGUAAAUCCUAAAACUUGAGCUUUUUCAUUUCUUUUGUUCACUUUCUGUUUCCGGGUCGGUAUUUCAUCACAAAAAGUGUGAGUCAUGGCAGCAUCGACAAGUGCAUCACUCUUUAAAUUGGCAACUCAGCCUUACUCCGCCACGAGGUUAAUUCCUGCAAAUCCAUCUGUCUCAAACUCUCUUGGCACUAAUUUUAUUGGCGCUUCAUUGCAAGUUAGCUCUUCUAAGAAGAAUAGAACAGUCAAGAUUAGUAGGAGAGUGACUGCUGCAGUUGUUGUUGCGCCAACGCCAUCAGAGGAAAUCACCGAGUAUGCACUUCCCUCUUGGGCUAUGUUUGAACUUGGGAGGGCUCCUGUGUACUGGAAAACCAUGAAUGGUCUUCCUCCAGCUUCUGGGGAGAAGCUAAAGCUUUUCUACAAUCCAGCUGCAAAAAAACUAAAUCCAAACAAAGAGUUUGGGAUUGGCUUCAAUGGAGGCUUUAAUCAGCCCAUUAUGUGUGGUGGUGAGCCAAGGGCAAUGCUCAAGAAAACUCGAGGCAAAGCUGAUCCUCCAAUAUAUACUAUCCAAAUAUGCGUUCCAAAGCAUGCUGUGAACUUGAUCUUCUCAUUCACAAAUGGAGUUGAAUGGGAUGGCCCUUACAGACUACAGUUUCAAGUUCCUAAAGGUUGGCAAAACAGACCAAUUGAAUUCUUUAAUGAGGGUCUGGCAGAAGAGCUUAGUAAAGAAGGAGCAUGUGACCGAGCAAUUUUUCCAGACACUAAUAUAGUUAUCGACCGAUGUGCUAUGAUCGGGAACUUGUCCAUUGAAGGAGGUGAUCGCUGCAAUCUUGAUCUAGUUCCAGGAUGCAUGGAUACUGCCUCACACUUGUACAACCCCCUUGCCAAUGUAGAUGAUGGAUCUUGCGCAAUUGACUUGGAGGAUUAGCAUUGCCUUCCAUUUGCCUCUAGUACAAUCAAAUUGUAAAAAGGGGAGCUUUACCCUUUCGUUAUAAUACUGUAACACCCUUUAACAUUUACAGCACAUAUAGGCAUGUCCAUAUAAAAGUACAAGGACAUAAUGUUCCUAAAAUUACUGCUCA